AACCCUAAAAGUGAUGCAGCUGGAGACGUUUAGGUUAAGCAGAGAAGAGGAGGAGGAGGAGCAGCAAGAUGGUUAAGGGACGGCAAGGAGAGCGUGUCAGGCUUUACGUGAGGGGUUCAAUUCUUGGAUACAAGAGGUCCAAGUCAAAUCAAUACCCGAAUACCUCUUUAAUCCAGAUUGAGGGAGUCAACUCCAAGGAAGAGGUAGGUUAUUACUGCGGGAAGCGCAUGGCUUACAUUUACAAAGCCAAGGUAAAGAAGAACGGAACCCACUAUCGCUGCAUUUGGGGCAAGGUUACCAGGCCUCAUGGUAACAGUGGUAUAGUCCGUGCUAAGUUCAAGUCCAAUUUGCCACCCAGAUCAAUGGGAGCGAGGGUUAGAGUCUUUAUGUACCCAAGCAAUAUAUGAGGACCUGUGGGCCUUGUUUGACUCGGAACUUGAAGGAAUUUGCAUUAAUGGUGUUAAAUUUUUAUGUUUUUUGAUAGCUUUAGUAGAACAGUAUCUUUGUUAUGAUGGUGAAAGAACUGUAUUUUUUUUUAAUUCUCACUGCCAUGGUUAUUUAAGAGAAUGAGUUUUGAAUUCAUAUAUAGACUUUUCCGCCCAUAUAACUGUUCUUUUUGACAUCAAGAGAAUUAUGGUAUUUUUGA